ACAGAUAGUCUUUGCCAAGGAAUACAACAAAAUAUAAUUUCUUUAAUUAUACUAGGCCUUUGAACUCGGGAUAGGUCGUCGAUGAAACUGGAGAAGUCACGUGAUAUAUAUUUCCGGUGUCAAGACUUGGAAAAGGAAGGAACCCUGAAGAUUAUACAUGUGCAUAUGUGAACCAAAGAGAAAGCUGAAGAGAAACUAUUCAGCAAUGGAGAAUUCAGAGUCUGCUACUAUAGCCCACACUGAAGAGAUGGAGGAUUCGGGGGAGACUGCAGCAGCAGCAGCUGGAUCUUCUAUGGAGGUGGCCCCCAGCUCAAUCAGCGUCCCCUCCUACUACUCUAAAGAUGUCACCGAUCCGUAUGCUACCCCAGGACAAUGUGGACUGUACAAUCUAGGGAAUACCUGUUUCAUGAAUGCAGGCCUACAGAGUCUGUUGUCCACCACACCUCUCCUGAAGUUCUUCCUGGAGCAGUUUACACUGGAGGAUUGUUCCCAGGACACACUGAUCACUAACUUUCACCAGCUGGUCUGCAAAAUCUGGAGUGGACGUUAUACUAUUGUAUACCCUAGGGACUUUAAGAAUGCCCUGGCCCUUUUUCAUGUCCAGUUUCAGGAUUAUAGACAGCAUGACUGUCAAGAGUUUUUGGCCCUCUUUUUGGACACACUGCACCAGCAGCUAAAGAGUAAAGAAGAUGCAGCUCAAAACAAUCUCCAGAGUGUGUCUGCCUCAGCAGAAAAAGACCAGCUCAACAACUCUGUCAGUGCCAAGAGUGUGAGUGAUGAUGAAAGUAUGGUUACCCAAGAUGCAUCAUCGGGAUCAUUUCCUGUUCCUUUGUAUGAGGACAGUGCCAAUGUUAGCUAUGUCAUCCAGUCAGAACUUCCAUCACUUUUAAGGUCUGUUGUUAGAACGGAUUCAAGUGGUGACUUGGAAAAAUCUCAGUCAGAUACAUGUAUGAAUGAACUAGAGCCAAUUUUAAACAAUGCUUCAAAUCUGAAACAGCGAAUUCCAAAAAUUGAAGAGUUUUAUGCCAAAGAUACCAAAACUCUAAACACUAAUGUUUUAUCUGAGGAUUUUGAAAAAGAAGACUUGGCAACAGAUUCAGAAAAAUUUCCCAAACAAGAGCUAAAUAAUCAUGCAGAUAAUGAGCUAGUCAUGCCUGCCCCUGUUGAGGCAGUGGCCAUAUCCCCUAAUAAGGAGGAAGCUGCAAGAAAGGGACCCAAAAAUACAAACAUUCAAGCCGAGAAAAUCAACAAGAUGCAGAAAACCUGUGAAAUGGAUGCUGAAGGGGACGGUAUCAUAAAGAAAAUGAAAUUUGAAUGUACUGAGAAAAAUUUUCAGUAUAAAGCUUUGAGUAAGAUUAACAAAGACUUUGAAAUUAAUGAACAGAACUUGAAACUGGCAAGUUUUGGAAUGGAGGGGGUAAAUCUUAUAAAAGACCUAGGAAUUCUGGGUAGUUUGGACAAAGACAUGUGUGACAAUGUUAUGAGGAGGACUCAGCUUCUUGUUGAGGACAAGUGUCCUCCGUAUGCUGCACCAGAUGGGGACCAUCUCAGAACAGCAGAGGAUAAGAAGCAGAAAAACAGCGAGGACCGUGUGCAAAGCAUGGACCUACAGGUCUCCAAAAACGUGAAGACAAAGAAAUCUCAGCUGUCUGAAAACAGCUAUAAAAAGAUUAAAUGUGAAGUUAAACAUGAGGGUAGCCCUGCUGAUUCCAUUUUAUCAACUGAUAACGAAGAAGAUAAAGAAGAGGGAGGAAAUCAGAACAGCGAGGCUACAGAGGUGGAUCUACUGGAGCGUGAUGAGGAAGUUCAAGUGGAUCCUGAGGAAGAAGCAGCAGAAAAGGCCUGGGAGAAUUAUAUCAGGGACAAUCAUAGCAUCAUUGUCAGCACAUUCCAGGGGCAGUUCAAGUCUACAGUGGUUUGCUCUGAGUGUAACCAUGUUUCAGUGACCUUUGAACCCUUCAUGUAUCUUUCUGUACCCUUGCCACAUGCAUCUGACAGGCAGUUAUGUGUUAUUUUUGUCCCCCUAGAAGGAUCUCCAAUGCGAUACCUGAUAACUCUACAAAAGUCUGACAAAAUAAACAAAGUGAAGGAAGAAUUGAAGACAUUGAUUGGACAGAGUUAUGAUUCCGAUGUUGUUUUACAGGAGGACAGUGUUAUGAUACAGUAUGUUGAGGACAGUGUAAUGAUACAGUAUAUAAAUGACUCCUCGAGGGUUGUUUAUGCCUAUGAGAUGCCUCCCUGCCCAGUCAUCACAACUGAAGUACAGGAACUUCCUCAAUGUCCGGAUUUCUCCUCUUUACAGAACGAGUCUAAGGAAUACAGUGUUUCCCAGACUGCUACAGAGGGUGACAUCUUUAGCAGCAUGGGCACAUUCUCAAAGCGAGAUGUCAGUGAUAUAAACAAAUACAUGCAGUCAUCAGAUACAACUGGAAAAUUCAAGGAUGCUCCAGAAACUGAAUCUCACCCCAGGGGGUCAGAGUCCUGGGGUGCCACAGGAGGUGAUCUUGAGAGUGCCACAGCCUUAGGGGAGUGGACAGAUUCCAAGAUGUCAGACAACUGGGGCAGUGGCCAAGGAGCGAGUAAAUGGACACAGUCUGAUUCUGAUGACCUUCGAAAGAGUCUAAAUGAGGUCAUGGUCGACGUGCCAGGAGCUGGUAUGUGGAACCAGAAUUUUUCGGCAGGUCAUAGUUCACCGGUUCACAAUACCAGCUGGUUGGAUGGAAGUUGUGAGGUGGAUGGGAGGGUUGACACAGCAUCUGGUUGGGAUCUCACCAACACACUGCCAGUUGAUGACACCUUAAUGAAAAGUGACCCAUUACCUGAGAGUGUUACCUGGGAUUCCGGUGCUCACCUGUCUGGUUCAGGCUGGGACUCCAGUGCAAUACCAGCAGCUCAAGCCACAGUGGUGGCAGACAAAUGGAAGUCCUGUGCCAUCUGUCUGGAGGAACUGGAAGACAGUGAACUACUGUCUCACACGGGGUGUGGGGGAACAUUCUGUCAAAUCUGUCUAGAGAUGUCUAUCAAACACUACGGGGAGGAGAGUUAUGUGUGUCCGGUGUGCUCCACUGCUGCCGUGCUGACUAAAGACUUCUGUCCUCUGGAUGGUGGGUCAUCCUCAACACAGAAUUUAAGGUUGUUGGCUGUUCCUGUCUCCCUGAGAGAUGAAGUUGGCUCUUGUGCUAAACUAGUAGGACACCCCCGACUCGUUUACUUAUACAACACAAUGAGUGGGGCUCAGUUGUACGAGUGUAUACUCAACUUGUUUCCGGUGUUGGCUCAGUGCACUAUUGUAUUAACAGAUGGUCAGGGACUGCGGUGUUCACGCUGUCAGUAUUCUGACCAAUGUCAGGGGUGUCCCAUCUCUCGAGAUUCUCAGAUACACCUACGUCCAGGUGAUUGUUUGUCUGUCUGUCUGAGCGGACUAUCACAGACCUGUAUAAAUGACCUGGAGGGAUCUGUGGACCACCAAACAAUGGAAAACUUACGACCAGAAAAAUCUCUUUCCAUCUACGAUUGUCUACAAGCUUUCACUGACAGUGAAGAUCUUGAUGAACACAAUCCUUGGUAUUGUCCUCGAUGCCAGAGGAACCAGUGUGCCAAGAAAACUAUAACUGUGUGGCAGUACCCAGACACACUCAUCUUACACCUUAAAAGGUUUGUGUAUCAUGACUUAUCAAGUAACAAAGUAGAUGCAGAGGUAAUAUUUCCCCUGGAGGACCUCAAUCUAUCCCAGUAUACAUCAGGGCCUGACUCAGGAAGUUUGACCUAUGACCUUUACAGCAUUGUCUGCCAUUUUGGGGGUGCCAAUGCGGGUCACUAUACGACUUUUGCUAAGCAUCCAUUGAAUGGACAGUGGUUUUAUUACAACGAUGAAUCUGUGUCCCACCAGGUCCCCAAAAAGGAGGAUUAUAAAAAUGCCUACAUACUGUUUUACAACAGGCAAGGUACAGAUGUUAAGUUUGAUUUGCCUAAAAUUCCAAUGGACCAAUCAAGUUUACUGAGAGAAACUCCAAACAACAGAUCUCGAGCGGCAGCCAUUCCACUGAAUUCAGGACAGCAGCUAGUUUACGGACCGUUAAACAUUGAUCAAAUAUCAGACGAUCUCAAGAAUCAAACUGACUAUGAUGAACUGGACAAUGGUUCUCCAGAAGAGAAGAAAAUGGUGGAAUAGAACUGUCCAGUUUUUAAUUUUUUUUAUGUUUUAUAAUGUCCAUUUGUAUGCCAGUGCUUGAACACAGUUUACCUGUAACAAUUUAUUUUCUUGGCAAAGUUCAUUUGUGACCUCAAUAUUUAUGUUGUUGAACAAUGUAAUAAAGAGAUUAUUGACAUGAAAUCACAUAUUGAUCAUAAAAGUAAAAGUCUUGUGAGUACAUGAU